CCCCGGGCGCAAGUGUCACUAAGUCACACUACUAGCUGAUUGCCCCCCACCCCCAGGAUGUCGAGGUUACAGAGCACAGGCACCCUGACAUGAGAGGGCUAGCGGUUAGUAUGCUGAAGCAGGGUGGGGCUAUAGCUCUGUGGCGCCCUCUGCACACUGCUGCCGUACCUGCAGCAGAUGUUUCUUGGUCGAUCCUCUCUGACUGCCAAAUCUUUUUGGCAUCCUUCCUGAUUUCAGCAGGACGUCUCAAUUGUGAUGUUGCCUGUUUCCUUCCAUCAUAAAAGGCGCCCCCCAUCAGGUACUUCGUGUACUGCAGUCUCAUCAGGGUAUAAGCCAAUGCUUUUAUUCUGGCUGACCUGGAGCCUGUACACGACAGCAUCCUUGUGUGUAAGGCUUACUUGGGCCUGUGGUUUCCAUGGAAACAUGAAAGUUACACAUUAUGGUUUUAUGUUUUAUUUAGUUGGGAGAUUUUUUUUUAUUCAGAAAAGGGACGGAUCUUGCAGUUCAGGGAUUAAUUUGGGGCUAUGGGAUUUGCUCAGGGGCCUAGUGAUGGAACCACUCUGCCACUCCUGGGCUUUGAACCAGCAACUUUUUGAUCAGAGACAGUUUUCCAACCUACACACCAUUUUAGGCGUCCCUCUGGUAUAGAGAGAUGAUGUCAUACAAAGAGCAGGUUCUGAUUGGUUCAGCUUCUGCUGGUGAUUCAAGCGGUAGUUUACAGACUAGAUCCCCGACACAGAGUGCAGCUGCACCCAUGGUAGUCGCUCUUCCUGCCUGCCCUGAGUCUGCAGUCAGGUUUCAAAUGAAAUAUUGGUGGAUCAUCCAUACAGAGGACUAAGUCCAGCAGGGUGGCAUUGACACCCACAGGUGGCCAGUGCCCCAUGCAGGCAAAUGUGCGCCCUCCAUGCCGGGUUGGCAUUGUGUGACCCUAGUAGUGACAUCCCCAGGCGCAUCAUCCAUGCUUUGAGAGUCCCAGACACGUUCCGGUCUGACCACCUUCUGGCUCCGAAGCCUGCAAACAAAAGGGCUUGAUGCCAUGAUGGCAAGGAGUCAACAUUGGCAGGAGUAUGUCUGCGAUUUGUUAUUCUCUGCUGACUUUUAUGGAUCGGCACAAGCUAACAAUUCAACGUUCCUUAACUGCAUGCAACAUCUGUCCCAAUGGACAUCGCUUUGAACAAAAUAAUAUAGGUAUAUGUGGAUAUAAGAAUGGUGAAUCUACUGGGUGAAAAUGUACUGCUUUUGGGCGCUGUGCGGCUCAGAAGGUUAAGGCUCUGUGCUCGUGUCAGAAGGUCGUGGGUUCGGAUCCCAUGGCUGGCAGAGUAAUCAAAUCACCAUUGGGCCCUUAAGUAAGGUCCCCAGCUGCAUCAAGCUGACUGUCCUCUCUGAUUAUCACUUGUAUGUUGCUUUGGACGGAAGUAUUUGUUAAAUAAAUGCAUUUUUCCUUUGCGUCAUCUUGGCCCUGAACCAUUUUUGCAAGUACCAAGCUGGCAGCUUAUGUCAGGUUCUAGCAAAGCAACAAAGACUCUGUAGAUUCCUUUGCUAGGUGAUUUGCAUGAUGAAAUGAGGUUCUGACUUCUGCAGCUAAAUGAAUGAAACAGUAUCCAUGGAAACCGCUGCAGGUAGGAGGACACCUCGUGGGUGACUGGGCCCCAUCCUUUCCUGGGCCUGUCACACGAGCAGGACAUGGCAAAGGUGAGACCGCUUACCUCCAUGGGGGUGGCAGCGAACCAAUUCCUGCCAUGCAGCACUCAGGCUGCCAAACCCACUAAAUGCCCAGCAGUCAUUCAGGUGUGGCCACGCUGCACCUUACACAGAAAUCAAGCAAGCUUUCGAUCUAAACUUUACAUUUCCCACGUGUGUUAACUUAACUGGGGCUUCCCCAGUGUCAUGUACCAUGUCGGAAGAGCAUCAAUUUGUAUCUGUUGCCAAAUAAUAUUAAAAAUAAAUGCUAUAUUAAUUUUAUGCAUGUCUAUCCAUCCUCCAUCCAUUAUUAUAACCACUUGCAUGGGACAGGGGGCAGAGCCUAGGACGGAAACCGGAGCCCCCGGCGAAGACCCACGUGAACACUGGAGAAGCUUGCAAACUCCACAGGAUCAGACCGAGGAGCUUCUUGCUCUGAGGCAGCAGUGCUAACCUCUGCACCACUGCACCAGUCCUGUUUUAUGCAUGUAUAUGUGAUAGUCGAGACUCCGCCUACUUUGUCAUUAUUGAAACUGGUCCUGACAUCAAACAGAAUGCUGGUUGCAAUCUGUCGUGCUGUUGAUUACGCUUGAUGGAUGUGUUACAGUGUCUCAUCCGUCAGGAGUUACACAGUACAGAUGUUUGCAGGAUCUUAAUUAGGAGCUUCUGUCCUCUUGGGAUUCAAGGCAUGUAUGGGCAGCUUAGGUGCAGCGUAGUAACUGAAUUCCAGGAAAGUUCCGAGAUUGUAUCUAGGCGAUGAAUAGUUAUAAGGAGAAUUGAAAACGUGACUUAAAAACUGGGUCACCGGAAUUAGGUCUGAGAGUUAAUUACCUAUGAAUAUGUAAAUCAGCUCAUGCAGAAACAAGUCUUUCAGGACGUAACAUAACACUGCCCCAAUACUUGUGGGGAAGCAUCCUUUCAUCUACCCAUUUCCCCCAAACUGUCCCUGCAGCUUACAAACCACCAAGAUCAGCGUUUUAUUUGACCGGAGCUGAUGUUGCUGCCGUACAGUGGGGGGAGGAGGGGGGGGGGCGUGCCUCUAACAGCAGGCUGAGGUUUCAUGAAGCCCCCCUUUCACCGUACAGAGCCUGAGGAGGAAAACCAGCAUGUCAGGCCGAUGCUCAGUGUUUGGGGCUUGGUGAUCGUGUCGUAGAGGGAUACCCGGCUGGCAUAGGGCUUAUUCGGGCUCCCUUCCCGUCGCCAUUGCGCAGCCCCGGCCAGGUGGGAAAGCAAUGUUCUUAUGCUCAUUUUUAUUGUGCCUGUUUUUUCCCUGUGCAAUUGCGAGGAGGUUAACGCAAGCGACUAGUGAAGUUUUUUUGAAGGACCACACGCCAAAUAAGUUCCUUGGUCGACACCUGUUGUUCAAUAGUCUGGACUUUGAGCUUUUCAUUGCUGGGGACCUGGAGCGGGAGUGUUUGGAGGAGGUCUGCACUUAUGAGGAAUCCCGGGAGAUCUUAGAGAAUAUUCCUGAAACAGAUGCUUUCUGGCAGCACUACAUCAAGGGCCACGUUAACCGCCCGUCGAAGCUGGACGUGCCGGCUCUCCUGAUUGGCGUCAUUGCGGCCAGCGCGGCCAUCGUCAUCAUCGCGCUGCUCUGGUGCUGCCGUCCGAAUGCGAUGAGAUGGAAGAUUGACAGAUCUUCCCGGGCCCGUCCUCGCAGGAGCAACGCCUCCCUCAUCAUCCGCCGCCUGGAGGAGCUCUCCAUGCAGCCCGGGCGCCUACAGCAGGAUGAGAUCGCCUCGGACCCUUCCGGCUUGCCAACCUACGAGGAGGCUGUAGCCAGCUCCGGGCCCCAAGAUGUACCCCCCCCUCCGUACCCAGGGUGCGAUCACACCAUUAAAAUUCCUGCAGUCGCUCCUCCCCCCACUACAAUACACCGCACUGCUGUCAAUGACUUUAUCUGCAUAGGGGCCAGGUUCCAUUAGACAGAUCUCUCUGUUAAUGAUUGAAGUUUCAUUUGAUAUUGGAACAAGUUUGGCUACAUCAGAAUUUGUGAGUUAUUUCAUCCUGCUCUUCAUUUUAAGCCACAAAUCUUGGGUUCUGAGUACCCUUGCAGCAACUUAAGGGCCCUACGCAAUUGAGAUGUGUACCUUACCCAGUAUGAGAUUUGAACCAGCAACCUUCUGAUCAGAAGAACGGAGGGCUAACCUGCUGAGGCAUACAUCACCCUUCUGAACUCAGUGGAAACAGAGAGGGGACUUCUGCAGCUCCAUAUAUGUCUAGUAUUUACCGAAUCAUCUGGUAUUUUUGUAAUGCUUAUAACUGAUAUCAGUGUAGUUCCUUUAGGAACCCAGGAACUCAGGAGAGAACUGUGUGUGUGAUGCAGUGAAGGUCUUACUGAGGUUCCUGUCGUUUUGACUUUCAGAUCGAAGCCUGGGACCUUCCAACGGUAAAAUCUACCAGAAGACACCACUUCCCUUAAGCUUCCAGAAGGUUCCCCUUUGCUUCAGUUUGGUGAAGACACUCGGACUACAUCUUACUGUCUCUGUACAGUGUGUCCUCUCUCAAUCUCUGCGAUUAUUUUUCAGUUGAGAUAUCGCUCUGCAGAUUUUUAUAAUGUUAAAUGUGCUUCAUAAUGGCUGUAGUUAGCCAUUAGCACAUUAACUAUAAAAGUUUCUGGGUUGGAACAUCUGUAGAUGUUGCUAUAGAUUGAAAUCCCCUUACAAUGAAAAUCAGGGACAGUGUUAUGUAUUUAAUUCUUCUGAUAUAAAUGGUAUUUAAUCAGGAAUAACAUUAUUUGCUUUGCUGAGUUGCAUCAAAGAACAAUGAAAGCCUCACAGAGAAGAAUCCCACCUGACCCAGAACACACCUUUACUCUCUGCAGGCCAAGGCACCAUAAUGAACGCGGUGGAGCUGUUUUUAAUCAUAUCUGUGUUAUUCCCAUGACUUUAUUUCUCUACUGAAGGUAUUAACACUGAAGAUCAUGGGCAGUUUCAAAGGCAGCUGUUUUCUGCCAGGCAAAUUCAGCUUUUACACAGAAAGUUCUGGCUUCAGUCACAGAGGGUCAAACGGCAGAAGCCUUAUUUAUCUCUUCAGCUCCUUAUUUAUUUCAGCUCCUAUUGAGCUGUUUCUUGGCUUUAUACCAACUGUCCCACUUUUGUACCAGCUACAGUUUUGAUGCCAAUAAAACAUUAACGUGGAAAACAUCUUUAAAAAUCUCUAAAGCAAACGGUCUCAUCUCAGAACAAUCUUGCUGAUUCAAUUAGGGUGUUCAUCGUAGCCAAACCUACGUACACACAGCUUUAAAGGAGCCUUGGCAAGUUUAACAAUAAAUAAAUGUCCAUUGAAGUAUAA